CCAGACGGAAGUUCCUUAUCACUGGGAUGACAAACUUUGACCACCUUUCAGGACAGACUGCGUAGCAAGGGCAUAGGAAAGUUGAAAUUACCGUAUUGUACGUCCCCCAGACCACAUGAAGUGCAGCACACAGUCAGGCGAGAUGUUUGCGGCUGUCAAUCUUCUGUGCAUUUCGUCUCUCGUGGUGUAUGUACAAGGCUCAUUGAAGUGUUUGUGUGCAACUGUUGAACUCCAAGUUGCGUUUGAAAAAGGCCCGACAUUGCUGCCAAAGGACAAAUGUGCAGACAUCGUUGACAAUGUACAAGGGGCACAUGGAAGCGUUUGGUACAAGGUUAAAUAUAACAAUCAGAGUGGCUGGAUACAGGCAAACAACAGCAUGAUGUCGGUGUUACCUUGCAGAUACAUAAAUGUAUCCACGACUACACCGACGACUACUCCAACACCUACGACUACUCCAACAACUACGACUCCCUCUCCGUGCAGUGACAGGGACGGAAUCGACUGCCAGUGGCUUGUCGACCAAGGCAACAACAUCUGUAGUGAUAAAGCAGCUGCCCAAGAAAGUUGUUCUAAAUAUUGUAAACUAUGUAAUUAAGGGGAUACUCCUAUACUUGGACGGUAGCACUUAAGGUAUUCAGAAAUAAAUUAAUUUUAACAAGC